AGUGUCAUGCAUCCAAAGAUCGCUUGCCAAGCCAGAUCUAAGAGAGACAUCUCGUACAACGUCAGAGAAAAAGACGCGGAUUUCUGGAGGGCUCGCGCCCGCGAACGGCUGGAGACGACGCUGGACCGCGAGCCGCUGCGGCAGGUGGCGCGCAGCGCGGUGCUCUUCCUGGGCGACGGCAUGUCGGUGCCGACGCUGGCCGCCGCCAGGAUCCUGCUGGGGCAGCGCUACGGCCUGCCCGGCGAGGACGCCCAGCUCAGCUUCGAGCGCUUCCCCUACGCCGGCCUCUCCAAGACGUACUGCGUGGACGCGCAGGUGGCCGACUCGGCUUGCUCCUCGACGGCGUACCUAUGCGGCGUAAAGGCGAACACGGGGACCAUGGGCGUGACGGCGGCCGUGCGCAGGGGCGACUGCCGCGCUCAGAACAAUACCGCCAAUCACGUCGACUCCAUCCUCAAGUGGGCGCAGGCGGCUGGCAAGGCGACGGGCAUCGUGACGACAUCGCGCGUGACGCACGCGUCGCCCGGCGGCGGCUACGCUCACAUCGCGGACCGCGAGUGGGAGAACGACGCCGACGUCUCUGCGGCCGGAGCGGACCCAGCCGUCUGCCCCGACAUCGCCUCGCAGCUCAUCACCUCCGAACCCGGGCGUAACCUAAAGGUGAUAAUGGGUGGUGGACGCCGCGAGUUUCGACCGAAGACGUCCGACGACGAGGAGGAGGGCGGCAAAGGGAGGAGAAAGGACGGCCGUGACCUCAUUGAAGAAUGGAAGGCCGACAAAUCGAGGCGAGGAUUGUCCAACAAGUACGUCUGGAACAAGGAUCAACUGCUCCAAAACGAUACCGUCGCCGCCGAUUACAUACUGGGACUCUUCGAGGACUCUCACAUGCAGUAUCACCUUGACGCAAAUCCGGAAACAGAACCAAGACUCUGGGAGAUGACAGAAGUUGCUAUUCGUACUCUGCAGAAGGAGCCAAAUGGUUUCAUACUCUUCGUCGAAGGUGCACGCAUCGACAUGGCGCACCACAGUAACAGGGCGCACAAGGCGCUGGACGAGACGAUAGAGUUCUCGGAGGCGAUCCGCGUGGCCGACCAGCUGACGGACGAGCGCGACACGCUGCUGGUGGUGACGGCCGACCACGCGCACACCAUGUCCUUCAACGGCUACCCGGCGCGCGGCAACGACAUCCUCGGUGAUGCUGGGACAGACGAGGAAAAACUGUCUUAUACAACACUCAGCUACGCUAAUGGACCCGGUUACCAGAAGCCUGGGAAGAAUUGCCAGCGACCAGACAUGCGGGAAGACGACAAGAGUGAAAAGAACUACAGAUUUCGCGGUAUGGUUCCACUGGGAUCUGAGACGCACGGUGGGGACGACGUGGCUGUGCUGAGCCGGGGACCCUGGUCUCACCUGCUCACCGGCGUCUUCGAACAGAACUACAUCGCACACGCCAUGGCCUACGCUACAUGCGUCGGAGACGGACUGACCGCCUGCAACGACAAACGGAGUACCUCUGGAAGACGCGGAGGUCUGACAUCUACGCCCGGCUACGACAUACCCUUCAGAGAAGAGCACAGAUAUGAAGUACCGGCCGUAUACAGCCCCAACGGAUAGGUUUAUUGUGACAGUUACAAACAAUGAUUGAUGACAGACUGUGUAACCAAUCACAAAAGCCAGUAUUUUAUUUAUUGAAGAUGUCUUAAUUUAGAUUGGCUCUCUAGGUAUUGUAUUAAACCUACCUGCCAUGGCAUAUCCAAUGUAAUCCACCAAUUCAUUGAAUUUUCGCCACAGAAUCAAACUACGUUGUACCUUUGAACUUUGAACACUAAAAACUUGCUGUGCCUAGCUCAAUAAGGCUAUUGCGAUAAUUACCUGUUAUUAUAAUCUGCAGUUAUACAGUUUUUACUGAGUUUUUUUAAACAGUGAACAACACAUAUUAUAGUUUUAGGACUUUAUGUACAAUGAUGUGCACAAUGUUUACCAAAGGAUACUCGUCUAGUAACGACCGGUGGAAUGCUACCCACGACUUUUAUACAACGCGCAUUGAACAUUGCACAAAAUAAAAUGAUCGACCUUGGUGUUUCCAAACAA